GAUUUGGCUAACGCAGUUGUUAAAGUAGUAAUUGUAUACAGUUGUCUUUUUAUUGUACAACUGGAAGUGUCCGUGAUUGCACUCUCCAUGACGUAGAUGGUGGAGUGCCAUGCUGAAUAUUUUUAUCGUGUGUUAAGAUAUGAUGCUGGGGGUGCCAGUGUAUGUGGCACUCAGGCUAGGCACCUUCACCACCUUGCUCAAGACCAAGACACUCAUUAACCAUACACCCUCCACAAAGAUUCUAAUUCUGACAUCUCUACAUCAUCUAAAAAGAACCAUCUCUGUAUCAGCCACUACAAUGUCAAGACCCAGAGUACUUAUUACCAGGAGAGAUGUACCACAAAAAGCUCUAGACAUCAUAAAUGAUAAAUGUGAAGUAGAUAUAUGGCAUGAAUCUUUCCCAAUUCCACGUGAUGAGCUACUGAAGAAAAUCUCCGGAAAAGAUGCCAUAUUAUGCUGUGUCACUGAGAAGAUUGAUAAGGAUGUACUGGAUGCAGCAGGACCUAACCUGAAAGUUAUUGGCACAAUGUCUGUUGGACAUGACCAUCUGAAUCUAGAGGAGAUAAAGAGACGAGGUAUUAAGGUUGGAUACACUCCUGGGAUCUUAACUGAUGCCACAGCAGAGCUCACAGUUGCCCUGCUGCUGGCAACAUCGCGCAGGAUGUUCGAGGCUCACACAGAGAUACUCAAUGGAGGUUGGAAAAAAUCUGUGUGGUCUCCUCUGUGGAUGAAUGGCUGGGGCCUGUUAGGUUCAACUGUUGGCAUUUUCGGACUGGGGCGGAUUGGUCAAGGUGUGCUGCGAAGGUUGCAAGGAUUUGGCGUGAAACGUUUCAUAUAUUCUGGCCAUUUCCCGAGAAAGGAAGGUGAAGAGAUGGGUGCUGAAUAUGUUUCCUUUGACAACCUGCUGGCUGAAUCAGAUUUCAUCAUAGUGACAUGUGCCCUCAAUGAUGAAACCCGUGAAAUAUUUGAUGAUAAGGCAUUUGCCAAGAUGAAAAACUCAGCCAUCAUUGUCAACACUUCUAGAGGGGGUGUCAUUCAUCAAGAUGCUUUGAUCAAAGCUCUCAAGACGAAGCAGAUUCGUGCAGCAGGACUGGACGUGAUGGUACCAGAGCCCCUCCCUACUGAUCACGAACUCAUUACUUUACCCAAUUGCACACUUAUUCCUCACAUUGGGAGUGCUGAAGCUACAACAAGAGAAGCUAUGGCCACUUUGACAGCUACAAACAUCGUUGCUGGCCUGGAGGGUCAUCCCAUGCCAGCUGCCCUCUGUUGAUACCUCCACUGAAAUCUUUAUUCAUUAAUUUGAGAAUGGUCCCUAUAAUCUAUUGUUUAUAAGAUUCUUUAACUGAAAUAAAAGAUUUAUCUUAUGUUGUAAAAUGUAUUUAUAUGAAUGUAUAUCAUAUAUGAAGUGAAAUAAAAAAAAGUUAUGCAA